AAAAAAAAAAAAAAACCCUGAAAAAGAAGGACCAUCUUCUUCCUCUCCGAGUCCCUUCUCCUUGUUUUUUCAUUUCUCCUACAAAAGAAAAAGCUUGUAAUCGGCCAUGGAUUUCUCCAAAGAACGUGAAAGAUUCGUGUACAUCGCCAAGCUCGCUGAGCAAGCAGAACGCUUUGAUGAUAUGGUGACUUCCAUGAAAAAGCUAGCGGAGCUUGAUGUGGAACUGACCGUAGAAGAGCGGAACCUGCUCUCUGUUGGGUACAAAAACGUGAUCGGUGCUCGAAGAGCAUCGUGGAGGAUCCUGUCUUCGAUUGAGCAAAAGGAAGAGAGCAAAGGGAAUGAGCAAAAUGUUAAGAAAAUCAAAACGUCUAGGCAGAAAGUAGAAUCGGAGUUGUCCAGUAUUUGUAAAGAUAUUAUGGGUGUCAUUAAUGAGCAUCUCAUUCCUUCUUGCUCGGGUGGAGAGUCUACUGUGUUUUAUUAUAAAAUGAAAGGAGAUUACUAUAGGUACUUGGCGGAGUUUAAGAUGGGUGAUGAGAGGAAAGAGGCCGCUGAUCAGUCCAUGAAAGCAUAUCAGUCUGCAACAACUACAGCAGAAGCUGAGUUGCCUCCUACGCAUCCAAUCCGGUUGGGUUUGGCCUUGAACUUCUCUGUCUUUUAUUAUGAAAUUAUGAACUCUCCUGAAAGGGCCUGUCACCUUGCUAAGCAAGCUUUUGAUGAAGCUAUCUCAGAGUUGGAUACUUUAAGCGAGGAGUCAUACAAAGAUAGCACAUUGAUUAUGCAGCUUUUAAGGGACAACCUUACUUUAUGGACUUCUGACAUCCCAGAGGAUGGAGAAGAAGCCGCAAAGCUUGGUGCUGCUAAAGUGGGUGAAGGAGAUGAAUGAAGCUACUUAAAUGGAUUGGGACCUGUAUCAUGAAAGGAAAUAGUACAAUCUGAAACUGUUGGAAAUGCCCUGUUGUCAAGAGAGAUUCAAUUGUUAUGACUUUUUAUGAGCUAUUGUUUGAUGUUUGGACUGUGGAGUGUCAAUGGCAUUUUACGUUUUUGUC